UCGUCGACAAAUGUAGUACUACUUUUAAUGUUAAGUUCAAGUAAUUCUAUUUAUAGAUUUCUUGACUCAUCAAGCUCUGAUAUAGAUAGUUACGUAAUACCGCCAGUAUGUUUGUGUGAAUUUACGAAAACGGUAUAACACGCAUAUGAUAAUUCACCGAACAAUUUUUGCAAAUGAAUAUAUUUUGAGGUGCAAGUACAGCCAUUUUUGCCCAUUUGUUAUGAUGAACCUUAAAAUACAUGCUCACAAAAAACCCUUAUAUAUUCCAUUACAUAUUUGUUUUUCAUCUUUCAAUCAGGGUGGACCUGGUUCAGUUAGAGAUGCAGUGAAGUAUGCUAUAGAUAUAGGAUACAGAAGUGUUGAUUGUGCCCAUGCAUAUUUAAACGAGAAGGAGGUAGGAGAUGGUAUACAGGCCAAGUUAGACGACGGUACUAUUAAAGAUAAAAAAGAAAUCUUUAUCACGACUAAGCUUUGGGAUACACAUCAUAAUCGGCGACAUAUUAAGGAAAAUUUCCAGAAAUCAUUGGAUAAUCUUAAAGUCAACUGCGUUCAGCUACUGGUGAUUCAUUGGCCCAUUUCACUUAAGGACGGAGAUGAUUUAUUUCCCAAAGAUAAGGAUGACCAGUAUAUGUUUGAGAAUCACGACAUAGUAGAUACAUGGAAGGGUAUGGAAGAAUUAGUUGAUGCCGGCAUGGCCGAGAAUAUAGGAUUGUCUAACUUCAACAAGUCACAGAUAGAACGUAUCCUACAAAGUGCCCAGAUAAAACCAUGUAAUCUACAGAAUUUCGUUUGUUUUGUUUGUAGGUUGAAAUACAUACAUCCUUAUUUUUCAAACUUCAAGCUUGUGGAUUUCUGCUUGUCAAAAGGCAUAACAGUUACGGCUUAUGCCCCUCUAGCGAACCCAGAUAGUCCUUUGCGAACAGGGAAAGAACCCAGUAUAUUUGACGAACCUGUUCUUAAGGAUAUUGCUCAGAAGAAAAGCAAAACCAUAGCCCAGGUCGUUUUGAGAUUCAUAAUACAGCGUAACAUCAUUGUGAUUCCAAAAUCAGUUACGCCGUCUAGAAUCAAGGAGAACUUUGAUGUGUUCAGUUUUUCGUUGUCACCGGACGAGAUGGAACAGAUAUGGACAUUAGAUAAACAUCCACGAAUAUUUAUAGAGAAGUGGGCAAGUGGGCAUCCAGAGUAUCCAUUCCAUGCAGAAUUCUAAGAAACUCUUGUUUUAUUAACCACUUAUUCUAUAACAAUACAUUUGUAUUUUUUU